GAGGCCGAACAGGCUGAGCGUGAACGUCAAGAGGAGGCGAGCAAGCAGAAGAAGGCCGCAGAGGAGCAGGGAAAACAUGAUCGGCAAGCAGAGCAGGAGCGGUCCCAAGUCGCAUUUACAGGCGCAAUCAAGACCAAAAAAUUGGACGAGUUAUGCGAUAUAGCUGCGGCCUUGCGAUUACCAGAGACUGGACUUAAGGCAGAGUUGCUCCAGCGAAUCGUGCAGUUCUUCGACGGCCAACCAGAACUCAAGAAAAACCAGCGGUAUGAGGGUUUAUUUAAUCCCUCUCGUUCUCGCAGG